GGGGGUGAAAACCCCGAGCGCAUCGAGACUCGAGAGCAGAUAGCGAAGAGUUUGCAUAGGUGGCGCGAGCCGCGGCCUAAACCUCGGGGUUCAACCGUGUUCAUUGGUCCAUUCAUUCAUCCGAGCAUCGUCAGCACUGGCGUCUCCACUCUAUAGAUAGCAGCCGAUGCUAAAAGUAUCUCGGAUCUCGACGGCCGCUGCAUCCACUGCUUGGAGGAAUGUCUUCCCCAACGAGCUGAGGACAGGGCAAGGGGUCUCCCCGAGGAUGCGCGAGAUGGCCUCCCGUGCCCGCCAGCCUGACCAGCCGGCCGACGUGACGCAUCCAAAGUCCGGCACCACGAGUCCCUCGGAGACCUCAGACUCCAACUCCGAGGCCUCAGUGAGCAGCGACCAGCGGCGCCUGAUCCGCCGUUGCUCGCUCAUCUGCUCCUCCGGGUCGGACAAGUUCACCUUCGACAGCCGGUGCGACCCGGACGACCCCGGAACGCCCAGGGUGCGGACUCCUGUGCCGGGGUCGGAUGUUGCGACGCCGGCCGGCCCGACCAUCAAGCGCAACGCUCUGCUCCACCCGGGGCGGGUGGACCUCCAGCGGUCCGUGUCCGAGAAUGGGCGCUUCCAGAACCCAUGGCCCACGUGGAGGCCUCCGACCAUCACCAAUAUCUUCAAGUUUGGGCUGUCCAGGGACAACAGCAAUGUGCCUUCCAAGCAGGAGCUGGACCUGGUGCUGCCGGUGCUGAGCCCCCGCUUCCAGGACCCCCCACCCGAGGGCGUGCGGGUCACCUGGCUGGGCCACUCCACGGCCCUUGUGCAGAUGUCCGGGGCCACGGUGCUCACGGACCCGAUGCUGAGCGAGCGGGCCUCCCCUUCCCAGCUCCUGGGGCCCAAGCGCUUCCGGGAGGCCCCCUGCACCGUGGCACAGCUGCCCCGGCUGGACGCGGUGGUCAUCUCCCACAAUCACUACGACCACCUCGACUUCAACACCGUGCACCAGCUCAAUGCCAGGUUUGAGGACAGCCUGCGCUGGUUCGUGCCUCUCGGACUAUCUCACUGGAUGGAGCAAAUGGGCUGCGAGGACGUGGUGGAGCUGGACUGGUGGCAGAGCGGCCACCUGGCGGCAGGGGGUGACAACGACAUAUCCUUUGUCUUCACCCCCGCCCAGCACUGGUGCAAGCGGACCAUCAGCGACGACAACAAGGUGCUGUGGGGCAGCUGGUGCGUGAUGAGCAGCCAGUACCGCUUCUUCUUUGCCGGGGAUACGGGCUACUGCGACGUCUUCAAGCAGAUCGGCCAAGCUUACGGUCCCUUUGACCUGGCUGCCAUCCCCAUCGGGGCCUACGAACCCAGGUGGUUCAUGAAGUACCAGCACGUGAAUCCGGAGGAGGCAGUGCUCAUUCACAAGGACGUUCGGAGCAGGGCCAGCCUGGCCGUGCAUUGGGGAACCUUCACCCUGGCCAAUGAGUACUACCUGGACCCCCCGGUGAAGCUGCGCGAGUCCCUCGAGCGACACAACAUUUCACCGCGGGAGUUCUUCACCCUCAAGCACGGGGAGUCGCGGCUUCUUCACGCCGCACCCCCCCGCCGAAUGUCACGCAUACCGUGAUCGACCGCACCGACUCGUUUUUGUACCGUGGCACUGCGCAGAAGUUGCAAGGCGACUGUUCUGCCAACUCUGUUCCGACGACGUGCGGCGUUGGGGUACGUCGGAUUGGCAGGCGCAAACGUUCAACGGAGAAGAAGCAAUCGUCCCGGAUCGAUGGAACAUUCUAGCUUCUUCGAGUUUUGGAAAGACGUGUGGGCUACAUGGUCCGCCAUUGAAGUGAUUCUUGUUUGCUCCUUGGUUAGAGGAGGUCAGUCCGUCGUUUUUGUAUUACAGCUUUGCGGAGGUGUUGUCGGACCGCCAUUUGGAUGAGUCUGCCACCGCCGCAGCCGCCAUCGUUACGGCGGGUUUUGUUGUGAAGGUUACGCGACGUCGGUUGUGCUGCGAGCGUCCGGUAUGGAAUGACAUCUCCGAUGGUAGAGGGGAGGUCUUGUUUAUUGGGACAAGGAAGCGACCCCAUAUUUGUUGGAAAACAAAGAUUCACUAGCCUGUUGCUUCAGCUUGUAUUCCUGGGUUAGGGAAGGCCAUCUGGUACGAGUGAUUGAGUGUGUGACCAUGGCUCAGUUUGAGAACGGAUCUGGUUGUGUGCUAGUUGCAAAGGCGUGUCCCGCCGUGGCAAGCCAUGCACGAUUGUGAAGAUCUGCAUGGCGUUCGUCUAGUCCGGUGGUUCUCAACAACCAUUGAUGUUUCGUGGACCCCUUGUGAAUCGGCGGGGAUGAUGGAGGGCCCUGUUCGUGGUGAGGGGAAGGAAUAGGUUAAUUAUGAUAAUAAUUUAAUAAAUAGAUAUAACUAAGGGCUAGUGCAAAGUAGACUUCGCUCAUUGACAUAUAUACCUACACACGAGCACCCGAAAAUUGGAAAGUUCCUUCUCCACUUAAAAAAAAAGAACUUUUAUUGCCGGGCUCGACUGACGAGGCAGGACUUUGGGACACCUAGAAUGCCUUCGCGGACCCCAAAGGGGUGGUGCUUGAGAGCACCCGAUGUCAAAAGCCCCGUGUCAAAUUUUUUGCGGCAAACGCCCCGGCCUUUUUGCCCCGCUUUCAAAAGCCCCAGUUUCAUAAGCUAAAGACGCGAACCCCCGUGCCGGGUAGCUGGGUCCCCGGGGGCAAGGUCGGAGCAUUCUCCUAUUAAAUAGGAGACGGCGAGUGUGCAUGUGAGCUUGUGUAACGAUUGUGCCAUACCCAGGAUUCGACUGAGGAAUAAUUGGAUAAAGCUUUCCGUUCUUCAGGCGUACGCUAUACGCAUUCACGUCUAGCUACGUUAGAAGCGAGAACAAACGGAAGAUAUCGGUCACUGGCAAAACAUUGGAAGUUACAGUUUUUAUGAAUAAGUGUUGAGCCAAAGCUUUCGUCGACUCUGAAGCACGCGCGAAUUCACAGGUCAGACGUUUCUGUCAAAGCUGUUAAUCCGCAGCUCGUGGCGCUGUACUUAUUACGUAUACAGCACCAAACACUAGUUCCAUUCUUCUUACGCUGUUCUAAAAUUAUUUGUAUCCAUCUAGGUGGACAAAGCCUAUAAUUCUAUGUCCGAGUAUGCCUCUAUGAGAUUUAUGCACUGGGCCACUUGUACGUCAUUCUAAGUUUUUUUGCGGUUCAAGUUAACCUUCUAUUCUUGUUUCUUUAACUUAAAAGAGCCUUUGUAGACCCUCAACGGAUUAGGUUAGGACAUAGAACAACGGUGGUUGAAGUGCAAAGAGGGCGGUACGGGGGCAAUGAAGACAGGGCUUUUAGCACUGGGGGAAUACGGGACAAGGUAAUUGAAUGCGGGGUUUGCGAAACAUGGGGGCUAAUCAGUGGCCUUGGAACAGGGGGAGGGGGGGGGCAACUGCGCUCUCCGACAGUUCAGAAAUUCAAUGGAAACAAUGUGGGGAGGGGGCGCAAAAUCGCUGUUGCCUCCCCACCACGACAACCGCCGCCCCCCAUAUCCUGAAUUGUUUCGUCGUCUCUGGAGCUAAUGACGCGGGGCAAUCGUGCCACAAAUCUUUCGAAGUGUCCGUGGACCCUCGUUUGAGAACCACUGGUCUAGUCUGCCAGGUGCACAUAGCCAUGCCUUAGCGAACAACAAUACAAGGUGUGCACCAGAGCGUUUUCUAUUCACAAAGACGCCAAGCAGAUACUGCACGACAUGCAGGUUGGAGUCUCGCUUCUUUUCUAAAAAACCCCUCCCCUCCCCUUCUUUAUUUCCAGACAACUUUUUUUUAGGAAGGGUUUAAGUGUUAUUGUUCUAGUCUUCUGGUUCAGCCCUAGUCGUUUUGUUGUUGUUUUUUUGUACAGAAAGGAAUGUUAGUUUGUUUCCUGCUUUAUUUAUUUUUUUUUUUUUUUCAGUGGAAAAAUGCUUUGAAAGCUGCUGUGUUGAGUGCACACUUUGCAAAGAGUGUUUGAACAAAACCAAAGGCACACGUAAUUUAGAUGCUAUGAAAUGAAAACUUUGGCAGGGCAUGUGAUACAUAUGCAGGUAUUUAGAGGACCUUUUGUUUUUAUACAGUUUUUGUAUUCAAAAUAAUGCAAGAAGGAAAUAGAAUUUCAAUAUUACUUCUCCCCUUAUUUGUUUAGUGUAGGUUCAGCAAUGAGGCAAGUGCAAAUUUCUUUGCAGUGCAUUCAGGAAAUGCGGGAAAAGGUGUACCUCAUGUGUUUGUCCCCCCCCCCCCCCCCCCUGUGAUUUUACUGCACUUUUGUUACUAGCGAGGGAUGCAGUGCAUUUGUUAGCGGCACCCUUACCCUCGGUUUGUGGAGCUGACAUACACACUUCGGGUUUUUUGCUUUCCUCCCCCUUUCCCAAAAUUUUCGAUCCCCUUCAAACACGGGUCAUGCCCUCUUCCAUCUCGUUCCCUCCUUGCCACCUUUGCAGUGUGGCCAGAAAGAAUUCAAGGUCUUUCCCCGCAGAAAAGCGAAGUGGUUCGUCAGCCUUCACGUGUAAGACACAACUUUUCCACAAGCAACUUUUUUUUUUGUUAAAUUAUACAUUGAAAAAGGACUGCAAUGUGUGGCUCAAAUUCUUGUGCACGGCCGUCUUUACACGCCUUUCGUCCUUACCAUAGUCCUGGACGCGGCGAGAAUGGCACGGCGUCUUUUUCAGACACCUGGCCUCCAGCAUGCACCCAUCUUUUGCCCUGCUUUGGCAGAGCACGUAGGCUCAAGGCUCGCAAGACGCCGAAACGUUGCCAAAGGUAGGAAGCUCUUGCUGGAGGUGAGACAA